GGGCCUGUCACUCCCCUCUCAGAAUGCGUUCUCUCUGGCAGAGCGAAGCAGGCGGUGAAUGUAGUUUCAGUUUGGAGUGAACACAUUGGGGACCGUAGAAGUUUUUGUGAUCGGUUGCGUACACACAACAAAUAUUACAACAAUAAUAAAAAAACAGUAAUACAUGUUAGGUCGUACGACGGCCUGAUUGAUUUGUCCGCGAGUGCGUGUGUGCCAGUGUAGUUCGUCAAAAUGUUUGAUGUUUUCGGUUCAGUGAAAGGUCUCCUGAAGAUCGACCAAGUAUGCAUAGACAACAACAUAUUCCGCUUGCAUUACAAAGCAACCGUGAUCAUCCUAGUGUCCUUUUCUUUAUUAGUAACAAGCCGACAAUACAUAGGAGACCCUAUAGACUGCAUAGUUGACGAAAUUCCUUUAAAUGUUAUGGACACAUAUUGUUGGAUUUACUCCACGUUUACCGUUCCCGACAGAUUAACUGGACACAUAGGCAAAGACAUCGUCCAGCCAGGAGUAGCUAGCCACGUCGAUGGCAAAGACGAAGUUAAGUAUCAUAAGUAUUACCAGUGGGUCUGCUUUGCGUUGUUCUUCCAAGCCAUGCUCUUCUACGUGCCCAGAUAUUUAUGGAAAACCUGGGAGGGUGGCCGUGUUAAAAUGCUAGUGCUCGAUCUCAACUGUCCCAUCGUCUCAGAAGACUGUAAGAAAGACAGAAAGCAAUUAUUAGUGGACUAUUUCACAACAAAUUUACAUUUGCAAAAUUUCUAUGCGUACAGAUUCUUCAUAUGCGAAGUCCUCAACUUCGCCAACGUGGUCGGGCAAAUAUUCUUCAUGGACUUUUUCCUCGACGGUGAAUUCAGUACAUACGGUAGCGAUGUACUCUCUUUCACCGAAAUGGAGCCCGAGCAGAGAGUCGACCCAAUGGCCAGGGUAUUUCCUAAAGUAACCAAGUGCACCUUCAACAAAUACGGUCCUUCGGGUACCGUGCAGCGAUUCGAUGGGUUGUGUGUCCUUCCACUCAACAUCGUCAACGAAAAAAUCUACGUCUUCCUCUGGUUCUGGUUCAUCCUUCUCAGCGUCCUCUCUGGAAUAUCUUUGCUGUAUCGCGUUGCUGUCAUAUUCGCACCCAAGAUCAGGCUGUAUCUGCUUAGAACCAAAUGCCGUAUCGCCGCCUACGACCAGGUGGAAACGAUAGGUAACAAGUGCGAGAUUGGAGAUUGGUUCGUUCUUUACCAAUUGAGCAAAAACAUAGAUCCUCUCAUCUUCAAAGAAGUCAUCAAUGAUCUAUCGAAAAAACUCGAAGGUAAGGAGUCUGUAUCGGUGUAACGCCGUACUGCUGGUAUUCGGUAGGUUCGUUGAGGUACAAUACAUACAUUUUUCUGAUUGGAAUGAUUAUUUUACUGUAUAUAACUUUCCUAUUUUAAAAGACUAUCUAGAAUUUCUAAGUAUCAUAAUAUUUACAUAUAAAAUCGAACAAAAUUCUUUAUCAUAUUUUUAUCCUCAUUCAGAUGAGAUUCUCGUGUACAAAAACAAUGCUCCAUUUCAAAAGACUCUGUCUAUAACUGAAACAUACACUAAGCAUAAAAAUUAACGCACCACCUUAAAAAUGGGACAUUUUUUAUGUCUCGUAUUUUUUCUAAACCUGUUAUCUGAUUUUAGUGAUUUUUUAGUAUAUUAUAGCUUUGCUCUUCAGGAAUAUCGAUGUAUGUAAUAAUAUUAAUGCUAAACAGGUAGUUUCAUUGUAUACCGGGUGUACAAUGAUAGUGUGUUUUUUCCUCAAAGUUUGGAAUACCCUGGGAAAUAUUCUAGCGAAUAUAAAAUAUUAAAACUCAACUGUAGCCUUGGCCUUACAUAACAUUUUGCUUUUUGAUUCAUUCGCUUAUGUGGGAUAAUAAAAGAGUUAGGUAAAUACUUUACCAACUAGCCAUGCUAUUCAUCAAUACAGGGUGUUUCUAAAUAAGUGCGACAAACUUUGAAGGGUAACUCUUCAUGAAAAAAUAAUGACCGUUUGCUUUAUAAACAUAUGUCCACAAAUACUUCGUUUCCUAUGGGAUGUUGAAUUUUUUCUUACAAACUGACGAUAUAUUUAUUGCUCUAAAACUGGUUGAGAUAUGCAAAUGAAAUUUGGUAGGUUUUAAAAGGUGGUUAUUGCGCAUUUUUUGACAUACAACUAAGAAUUUUAUAUUCACCAUUGGCGUGCAUACGGGAUGUAUCUAAAAUGUUUAUACCCAGGGCCGGCGAUAACGGGCCUGCAAGGGAUGCACUGCAGGCGGGCGCCCCUGUUUGGGGGGCGCCAGAAUGAGCUUUUUCUGCUGGUGUUAUACAAAAUACUAAAAUAGAAAAAUUCAUUUUUUAAAUGUGAUUUAAAUUCGUCAUAAUGUUAGUUUUGCAUAUCACACAUGUAAAAUAUACAAAAAUAUGCAAUGCCGCAUAGAAUUCUUAUUUCCAUGUAUGCCAUGUAAUAUAGUAAUAUAAUUUAUUGGUCAAAGAUAUCAUAUUUCAACAAAACAACUUUGCUCUUAAUGAGAAUGCUUUGUUUAUUUUCUUCCAAUUUCUUGCAAGUUGUUACUUUUAUAUCAGCAGUUAUGAGAGGAUGAAUUAUUUCUACAUUUCUAGUAAAAUAAACAAGAUUUUGAUACUGUUUUCUUGCCGCCUGUCUAAUUUAUUAAUAGGUAUCAAGUCAAGUAUUAAUCCCAUAAAAACAUAAUACUUAAAAUAAACAUUUUACAUAAAAUUUAGUUUAGAGCUCUUUAUAGUAUUAUUUGUACUCUGCAAUUAAAGUAUUCAUACCUAUCUAGUGUUGCAUUCACUUAAUAUAAAAUUAAAUUUGUUAAGUACUCAGUACUAUUAUUAAAUUACUGUUUUACAUUACUUCGGAAGCAUAAUCUUGAGGUUUUAAAGUUAUUAUUUUUAUUUAGUUCAGUAAAAAUGGAUUCAGAAAACAAUUAUCUGGGGCCUGGGGCACAAGUCGAACAAGAAAAGCCGAAAAAGAAGAAAUGACAAAAAAAAACAAUCUUAGUUCUCUUAGCCAAUUUCUUAAAAAAGUUAAAGUGAAGUUCUUUUGUCAGAUGAUGGGCCCAAUAAAACUGUAACCGAACUAUAUUUACCGGGGAUAUUUGCGGAUAGGGGGACACCGACUUAAGUCGGUGCCUCGCUCUCGCUGCGUGGAACACACUUUUUAGGACAAAAGUCCAUAAUCGAGUCAUUAAUAGGGAGAAAUGCUCUUCCAGCUACCCCUAAAAUCAGGUAGGGCAUCCAAGACAACAUGAAGUAACACCCUGGGCACCUAAGGUAACGUUCACAACAAAGCAUCCUCAUUCGUUACAUGCUGCGAUGGGGAGGGAUGGUGUUAUAUCUUGGGGGUCAGAUAGAUACCACUCCAGGUUAUGGGCGGUCAGAUAGGUACCACUCCAGGUUACGCAGUGUGACCGGUUUGAUCUUCGGACAUGUGGGUUUCACUCUCACUGUUCCAUUAGAACACACAUACUGUCCCCGAGGCGGGGGUUGUACGAGUAUCUGUAUGUAUGUGUGUGUGUGGAGAGAGGGGGGGGCACCUGUGCUAUUUUUUGCAGGCGGGCACCUUAUACUCUAGCGCCGGCACUGUUUAUACCCGUAUGCACGCCAAUGGUGAAUAUAAAAUUCUUAGUUGUAUGUCAAAAAAUGCACAAUAAAUACCUCUUAACACCUACCAAAUUUUAUUUACAUAUUAUCUCGACCAGUUUUAGAGCCAUAAAUAAAUCGUCAGUUUGUAAGAAAAAAUUCAGCACACCGUAUCUCGGAAACGAAGCAUUUGUGGACGUAUGCUUAUAAAGCAAACAGUCAUUAUUUUUUCAUGCAGAAUUACCCCUUAAAGGUUGUUACACUUAUUUAGAAACACCCUGUAUUGAUCAAUUACAUUGCUAGUUGUUAAAGUACCUAACUUUUUUAUUAUUCAACGUAAGCGAAUGAAUCAAAAAGCAAAAUGUUAAGAAAGCCUAACGCUACAGUUCAGUUUUAAUUGCAAUAUUUUAUAUACGCUAGAAUAUUCCAUAUUCCACAGGGUUUUCCAAACUUUGAGGAAAAAACAUACUAGCAUUGUUACACCCGGUAUACAAUGGCAGUUACCUCUUUAGCAAUAAUAUUAUUACAUCGAUAUUCUUGAAGCAUAAAGCUGUAAUGUACUAAAAAAAUCUCUAAAAUCGGACAACAGGUUUAGGAAAUAUGAGACAUCAAAAAUGUCCCAUUUUUAAGGUGGUGCGUUAAUUUUGAUGCUUAGUGUAUUAUCUUCUUAGAUUUUCUAAUAAGAAUAAUUUACAGAUUUAAAACAUCAAUAAAAAUGAUUACCAAACAGUGAAAACAGCAUUUAAUUUGUGUCUAUUUUGAGAGUUUUUUUAAUCAUGUGGACACUAAGUCAGUAUUUAAUUAAAAAUACAGCAUGAAUGAAUGCUUUGCGUAAAAAAUGCAAGCUUCAAGGUUUUAUGAACCGUGUUUUUUAACUCGCCUAUACUAAUUUAUGUAAUAGCGUUGAAUUACAUAAAAAUUAUAUAAACAUCGUAUUUCAUGAGAUUUUUAAUCAUUUCCCGUUCAUGUCACACAAUGAUCAAAGACCUUUACAGCUAGGUCAAAACAUUCAAUUAAAAAAACUGAUGGAAAUACAAAUAAGUAUAAUAAAAAUUCUUGUCUAUUAGUCACAGCUAUUCAAUGUGUAUCAUGUACAUAUUCAAUAAAUUAAGUUUUUUUUUUGUUUCAAAAAAGCACGACUCUAGGUAGUUUGUCACUUGAGAUAGAGAACAGCAAACCUAGGCUUCUCUGAUGAUGCUUCCAACAAGAAGCGGAAAUCGUCGAUUAAGGUCCGGUUUCACCAACAACAAAUAAAUCAAUGAAUAGUUAGUUAUUCGUGGAAUAAAAUGUAUUAGACGUUUAUACAGUGCGGUGGAAUAAGUGUUGCCCCCCCCCCUAUUAACUUAUUUAUUUUAAGAAUAUAAGCAAAACGCUCGGACAGGUCGAUUUUUAAACUAACCAUAGUAUAUUAUAGCAUCAACGUUUCGAACUUUACGCGAUCCCUCUUCAGAUGACAGGCAUAACUUUGAUUUUUUUUAAAUAGGAAAGUACAUCAUGUGACACCUCAUUUAAAAGCUCUUAAAAUACUGAUUUCAAAAAUGUAUAAUACUUUAAUCCUGUUUGAGAGCGUAGGCGCAAAAUUUCGGUCGAACUCUUUUUAAACGCAUUUAUUUUUUUCGAAUUCUGAGAAAACUAAUAAGUAUUUUUGAAAAAUUUAAACGCAGAAUCAAAUAGUAGAUUAUUACCGAGGGCUGACAGUCCCUUAGAAUAAACAAAAAGUUUCUUUUGAAUGAUAUAUUUGAAAUUAAAAACCACACUAAAUUUUCUCUUUUUUCACCACUGUGACUUAUUAACCCGCCGUUACACGCGUCUUCAAUUGUGACGUGGUUGCACGCGUAUGAGCGUCGCCCUCACCUACAUAAAUCGACUUAUUUCGAGGAAGAAUGAAUGUCAACAUGUAUAAAUAUAAAAUAGGUUGUACUCACAUAUUAUAGAAAGUCUCGUAACCCAAUUUUUUUUAUUAAUUUAACAAAACAAAAGUAAAAAUAAUAUAGAUCAAAAGCAAGUUUUCUUAAUUUUCAAUUUCAGCAAGCCACUGAAGAAAUUAACGUUCUUUACGCGAAUUCAUUUUACUAAAAACACAAAUUAAAAUUAAAAACUGUUCUGAAGCUAUUUCUUUGUGGCAUUUAUGUAAUUAACUAUUAAUAUUUUGUAUUUUGAUAACGACGUCCGAGGUGGAAUUCGAAACGUCAAUAAAAUCAAUUUUUCAAGUUAAAUUGUGGCUUAUUUCCCAAUUAGAAUAGGUAAAUUUAAAAAUGGGUUCUUAACCAGUGGCGCACCUAGAAUUUUCCUCUGGGGGGGGGAGGGGUUUGCUUGGGCACCUAAAGUUUUUUGUAUUAUUUGUAAAAGACAAGUUACAUUUUCCUACUUUCUUUUAUAUAUAUUUCUAUAUGCUCUGGGUGGAAUUUUAACCCCCAAACCCCCCCUCGGUGGGCCACUGUUCCUAACCUAAUCCAAACAAUAAUAUUUUAAUUAAACCUACCUAAAUAUUAAAUACAAACCUAAAAGUUUCUUUGAGAUAAUAGAAACGUGAUUUCACUGUGAUUGCACGCGCAGUGAGGAAUUCCCUCACUUGACGAGGGAUGUCUCUUCUUUCAACUAUCACACAGCAGACUGGCCGCCUGAAAUAUUCUAUAACUUUUUCAUACCCUCUCAUAAACAAAUAUGGUAUAGCGCGUGUAAUGGCGGGUUAAAAUAAACAUUAUAGGAGUUCUCAGGGACUUUUGACCAUCGAGAAUACUGUAAUAUUUCAUUCUGCGUUUAAAUUUUUCAAAAAUAUUUAUUAGUUUUUUCAGGAUUCGAAAAAAAUUAUUGCAUUUAGAAAGAAUUCGACCGAAAUUUGGCGCCUACGCUCUCAAACAGGAUUAAAGUAUUAUAGAUUUUUGAAAUUAGUAUUGUAAGAGCUUUUAAAUGAGGUGUCACAUGAUGUACUUUCCCAUUUAAAAAAAUCAAAGUUAUGCCUGUCACCUGAAGAGGGAUCGCGUAAAGUUCGAAACGUUGAUGCUAUAAUAUACUAUGGUUAGUUUGAAAAUCGACCUGUCCGAGCGUUUUGCUUAUAUUCUUAAAAUAAACAAGUUAAUAGGGGGGGGGCAACACUUAUUCCACCGCACUGUAUUUAUAUUUUGUUUCAAUAUAUUUUGAUAAUUUAAAGUUAAACUGGCGAAUUUACUUUCUUAUUUAUAAAUAUUUACAGUGAGAUUAACUUGCCAGUUUAUUCGAAGAUUAAGUAUUUAUUUGAUAAAUAAGCAAAAUAAUUCUUAUUUGAGUAAAAUUAUUAUUUAUUAUUUAUUUAUUAGUAAAUUGGGGAAAUGUCAGUUUAUUGGUCGAAUAACUGUAAUAGUAAUACUCAGGUAUUUAUUAAAUUUAAUAAAAGUACAUAUAGAAUUUAUUCAUAGAAUAAACUACUAUUUGCCGUUGGUGAAACCGGCCAUAAGAGUGCUGGUUUGCGCUCCCUACUAAGUAAAAUAAGACAGUUUUGCCUUCGCAUUGCAAUUGAAUAAAAAUGGUGUACCCUCGGAGAUCGCUGGGAAAAUUUACACUCAAAAUAACAAAAUUCAGUUUGGCAACACUGUGAAUGUUGAUAGUAACAUAUCCCUUUUAAGAUAAAGAACUGUAAUUUAGUCCAGACAAAGUAAUACAUUUUUUUGCCAACAAAAUGAGAUUUUUCAACCAAAUGUUUCAAAUAUGAUGUGCAAAAUAAUUUUUAAUUGGGUUCUGCUAAUGAGCUUGCUUUUUGUCAUUAAAGUAGAAAAAAAUUUAAAUUUCACUCAUUAAAUCAUUAUCGUCCAGUUAUCGUCUUAAUUAUUUUAACUGUACUAAUAUCCAUCGACUAAUUCUGAAUGAUAAUGUGUUGUUAAAACAUUGUAUCUGUAGCGGCUUCUGGAAUGUCUUAAAAAUAUCGAAUUUCAUUGAUUAAAUGCGCAUAUCCCUCCGAUCUUCGCCUCGACCAUAUACAUUUUUAAGUAUUUGUUUUAGUUUUUAUUCUUCUUCUUCAUGUACCAUGUCCUUUCAGAACGUUGGUUACGAUCAUAGCUAUCUUAAUUGUAUUCACUGCCACCCUAAGUAGCGUGCUUGUAUAAACACCAUACCAAUCUCGCAAGUUAUUCAACCAUGAGGUUCUUCUUCGUCCUGGACUGCGUUUGCCUGCUAUUUGUCCUUGCAUAAUAUUUUGCAGCAACCUAUAUUUGGAACCUCUCAUUACAUGUACAAAAUACUCCAGCUUUCUCUGCUUGAUGCUUUUUAUAAUCUCGGUAGUUUUGCUGAGACGUUCUAGUAAUGUGGAGUUUCGAAUCUUUUCCACCCAGGAAACUUUUAAAAUUCCUCUAUAGCACCACAUUUCGAAAACCUCAAGGCGAUUUAGAUCGAUUUUAUUCACAGUUUACAUUUAGUUUUUAUUGGAACAAUAAAAUCAGAGGUUCUUUUGUACAAAAUGUUGGUAAAUUCGUUCACUUGUUUGUCCUACAUUUUAAAUUCAAUUAAUUACUCGUUUUAGAGCUUAUUUAAGAAAUAUCUACCAUCAAUGAUCUACGUAGGCCAAACAGGUGGACCUUAUAGUUGGAGAUUACACGAACAUCUCAUAUGCAUUUAUUUUCAUCGUGUAAUUUAAAUCCCAAUAAUAGUUUUUAAGAAAUAUUGACACUUUCUGAAUAGGCAGCCAUCGUGUAAGCUUUAAUUUUUGUACUAAUUAUUUUUAAUCGAUCAGAAAAAUGUGUACGCGUACAUACUUUGACAACCUGCUGAAUAUACGCAGAGGAUUUCUGAGCAAAAUGUGCCUUUCGAACAAUUUUUUACUCCGGAAUUCCACCAUUCCAUCUCGCCGAAUUUUUUCGAACACUUUUGUGAGAAAAACGCGACGAUUUCCGAGAGUCGAUAAAAAAGAAUUCUGUGAUGACAGAAAAGACUGUAUCGUACGGCCAGCGACCUCUAUCGGUGCGGCUGUGAUAUUUAACGUUUUUUUUUCUAAAUAUUUUACAAUAGCUCAAUUAUUACGUCAUUCCAAAACUGCUUUUUAUUCCUAAUUCAUUUUGCAAUACUGCCACUUCACGAUGGAAAGUAAAAAUAUGUUAGAAAAGCGAUUUCGCCAGCAGUAUGAUCUUGCAAAAAGCGUAGUCCUGUUGAGGCUGUCAAAAAUGGUCAAAAUACAUUUGACAUGUAGCAAGAAUUGUAUUUUAGCAAGUUUUUUUGUAUAAAAAUGCAAAAACGUCACGGAAUUUUGCUAAAUAUAAAUGCUUGUGUUAUAUACAGGGUCUCCAGAAACUCUCCUGAUAAAUGAAGGCCGGAGGUUCCUCAGAUAUUCCUAAUUUAUUAUUCACAAUUUAUUAUUAUUCACAAUUUAACCCAAUUCACCUAGUCCGAAAACGUUUCCUAAGAGAUCUAGAGCUCUUUGAAGAUAGCGCCUUGUAAUUAGUUUUUUUUAAUAUCUCCAGAACACUUCUAUUUAGAAAAACGAAAACUGCUAUCCCUAUUUAUCAUCUAGAUAUAAGUUUCUAGUGCCGGUCAUAAGCGUCCGUUUUGGAUAGGGCAACCGUUAUUUUAUCGCAUUUUUUUUGUCUUUAACUUUUAAGCGUUUUUGACACUUGAUUAUUACAUUGUGAGGUAUUAUAGUACUGAAAGGUAUGAUUACCGUAGCGUUUUCUAGAAAAAUAGAUUUGAAAAUUUUUCGUUUUUUGAAUAUGAAAAAAAUUUAAAAAAUUUUCAAAAAAAGCGGUGUAUUUUACCGACUUAAAGCAAGAAUAACUUUUAGUACUAGAAUACCUCAUAAUUUAAUAAUCUAGUGUCAACAAAGCUUAAAAAUUAGAGACAAAAAAUUAUGCGAUAAAAUAACCGUUGCAAUAACGGACGCCAAUGAUCAGUACUAGAAAUUAGCAAUUGAUGAAAUCGAUUCAUCUCUGGAAGAUAAAUAGGCCAGUACUAGUUUUCGUUAUUCUACAUAGAAGCGUUAAUCUUUAAAGAGCUCUAACUCCCUUAGGAAGCAGUUUCGGACUAGGUAAAUUGGGUUAAAUUGUCUUCAAAUUAUCUGAAGAAUAUCCGGUCUUUAGUUUGUCAGGAGUUACGGGAUACCCUGUAUAACCUAAAAAAAAAGUGGAACAAACACCAUUUUACAUCAUAUUCUCUAGUAAAAUGUGUGGUAUUGUUAAUUUUUUUAAUUAGAACAAAAUUCUAUAAAACAUUUUGAAAUGAGUACAAAAUUUUGUAUUUUUGUCAAGUCUUCAACAGUUCUGUAUUGAAAAACGAUAGCAUCCCGAGAAAGCUUAUAUUUUAAGAGGAUUUUCCAUAUAUUUUAGAAGACUGAUUAUGAAAAACUCUACCUAUACGGUAUAAUGAUUUUAAUAGCUAGUGAAAUCGUUUUUCCCUGUGAUAGUUUGAUCUGAGAUGAAAGAAAUAUGACGGCUGUGAGAGGUUUAAGAACUGUUUUAUCUAGGUACUCUAUCUCAUUGUUAUGUACCUAUAAAUGUUUAGUUUGUGAAAACUCAUUAUAGAUAGCAGUACGUGAAGGGUUUAAAGUGUGUGUGAAGUAACAAUGUAUUUUAAACGAGAUUUACUUUUUCGCACUGUUUUUGGCACACUUUCAUAUAAUCAAAUUUCCUUAACUUUCGCGUUGUCAUGCUGAUGACAUGUGAGCAAUAAAUUACAACAAAAGUUUUGGCAGUUUUGUAGUUUGAAAGAAGUUUGAAUUUUUAAAUGUCAAAGUUCUAAAAAUUGUAGAAUAGAAAAUAUUUUAUACUAAAUUUACAAUCAAGAUGCAGUAGAAAUAAACAAAUCAAGACACGUUAAAUGCUACUAGGAGCACUCGUGAAUCAUAAUUUACAAUGAAUAAACUUUGGAAAUCAUGAUUUGGGGUUUACAGUGUACAUACAUUGUAAAUUAUGAUUCGGGAGUGCUCCUAGUAGCAUUUAACGUGUCUUGGUUUGUUUAUUUGUACUGCAUCUUGAUUGCAAAUUUAGUAUAGUGACGAAGAGUUGCAGUUUUUUUAUUUGUUUAUCGUAGAUAAAAUAUUGUAUGAAACUGUGCGUGAAGUAUGCUUUUUGCGCACCCACGCGAUGUAUAGCACUCGUGCUCUAAACAUCGCGUGCCUGCGCAAAAAGCAUACUUCACGAACUGUUUCAUAAGGCCUAUUCGCGCUGUAUAUCCCGAACAUACCCAGAGAGAGACCACCUGCGCAUUACGAAAUUGGACGUUCGAUAAGGUCGAAUAUUUCCCUCCAAAAACCUAAUGCGCAGGCGAUCUCCCUCUGGGUAAGUUCAGAAUACGUUCAGAGCAUGCAGCGCGAAUAGGCCUAUAAAUUACUAUUUUGCAUUGGCUGAUUUAAAUUUUAAAUACAAAAAUAGAAGGUAAUCCUAUACAGUACGUUCUUUAACGAUAAAAUAUUGCAAAACCUCUAAACUUUAAAGAACCGCUUGGAUUGACAUGAAAUUUGGCAUACACAUAGCUAACACGUCAGAAAAAAAAGUGAUAUUGUGCCGAUGUGUGCUUUUACUCUGGGGAUGAGUUUCACCCCCCUGUUGGGGGUGAAAAAAUCCAUGUCCAAAAUGAGUCCGGAAAUGGAUAAAAUGACUAAUUUUAAGCAACUUUUGUUCCAUAGAGUUUUUUCGCCAAGUCGAUACUUUUCGAGCUUUUGCGAGUGGAUAUGUUCAUUUUUUCAACAAAAUAACCACGUUUUUAGACGGUUUAUCGUAAACAACUCAAAAAGUAAGUAUUUACUAGAAAAAACAUUCUUAGCAAAAAUAUAGCCUGUAAAAAUUUUAACAAAAUGUUGUAUAUGUUAGGGCUCUAUACCUAGCAGAAGCAGAGUUAUAGCUAAUGAAAAAUAGGUUCAUAUUCGUCAAAUUCGAAAUCGAAUAUUUCAAUGAGAAAUAAUCAAAAAAUGAAGCACUUUUUGGAAAACUCAUUUAAACUUUCUUAAAGUGUUUAAAAAAAGCUUUAUUUCUGCUUUAUAAAAAAAUUUCUGUCAUCAAAAGUAAACAAGUUACGCUCAAAAUAAAGUUGGUUCCUUUUGUUUUGAUAAAAAAUCGGGAAAAUCCAUAGAACAGAUAGUUAUAUCUAUGGGAAAAUCACCCCCUAAUUAGCAUAUCUAAUGAACUUAAUCGUUACCACUUCACAAGUUUUUUUACUCGUAUAUGUAUUGUUUAUAUGAUCUGUAGGUCUCAUCGGUUCAAAGUUUUUAUUUUUGAAAGGGCUGCAGUUAAAAGGAUUUGAAUGAUUCACUAAUCACGAGUGAAUGCAAAUUUAGAAACACGAAAUCUUAACCAGUUUUUGUCUUACAGAAAAAUAAAAACAUGCAAAAUAUUCAGAAUAUUUUGCAUAUUUUUGGUGUCUCUGACAAUUUUUAAGUUAUUAUGAAACAAAGCAUGUUUUUCAAAAUUAAAAUUUUUUUAAAUUAUACUUUAAAACCAAAUUUUUUCAAAAAUAAGCACUUUAAAUUAAUGAAACUUACAGAUCAUAUAUGAACACAACAUAAGUAGGUACAGUAAGUUGUGAAGCGGUAACGAUUAAUUUCAUUUAAGUUGCUAAUUAGGGGGUGAUCUUCCCGAUUUUUUUUACCAAAACAAAAGGGACCAACUUUAUUUUGGGCGUAACUUAUUUACUUUUGAUGCUAGAAAUUUUUUUAUAAAAUAAAAAUAAAUAUUUUUUUAACACUUUAAAAAAGUUUUAAUGAGUUUUCCCCGAAAAGUGCUUAAUUUUUUGGAUAUUUCACGGUAAAAUAUUCGAUUUGUAAUUUGACGAAUAUGAACCUAUUUUUCGUUAGCUAUAACUCUGCUUCUGCUAGGUAUAGAGCCCUAACAUAUACACCAUUUUUUUUUCAGUUUUUUACAGGCUAUAUUUUUGCUAAGAGUGUUUUUUUCUAGAAAAUACUUACUUUUUGAGUUAUUUGCAAAAAACCAUCUAAAAACGUGGUUAUUUUGUUGAAUAAUGAACAUAUUAUUCACUCGUAAAUAACUCAAAAAGUAUUGACUUGGUGAAAAAACUCUAUAGAAUAAAAGUGGCUUAGAAUUAGUCACUUUAUCCAUUUCAGGACUUAUUUUGGACAUAUAUUUUUUCACCCCCUACAGGGAGUGAAAUUCACCCCCAUGGCAAAAGCACACAUCGGCACAUUAUCACCUUUUUUCUUUGACAUGUUAGCUAUCCGUGUACCAAAUUUCAUGUCAAUCCAAGCGGUUCUUUAAAAUUUACAGCAAAAACCGUGAAAUAAUGUACUAAUAGGUUUAUUUGCUUUUUUUUUGCGCUGUAAGAGCAUAAACAUUUCCAUCAAAAUUCAAGUUUCAUUCAAAAAUGUUCGUUUUUUUAAAGUCCUCAUUUUAUCUUAUGACAAAGUUCCAUAAAAAAUAUAGCUACUUUUCUUUUCUUUGUUUUAGCUUAUAACACGAGAAUUUUACUGUCAUCAUUGCAUGUAGUUGUCUUGUCAAAUCACGUCCUAUGAUCUUUCUUAAGUUGAUUUCAUGUAAUCGAAUGAACUAUCUUCCAAGUCGUCCCAGGAACGCAACUUAUAAAUAUUGGCAAUAUAAUUUUAAAGUCAUCUACUUUAAAAUAAUGUCUGAAUUGUCAAUAUAAAUGAGUCUUAAUAUUUUGUAUUUUGAGAACGAUUUCCUAAGUGGAAAUCGAAACGUCAAAUAAACUUAAUUUCUAACUAUUUAGCUUAUUUCCAAGCAAAAUAUGUAGUAAAUUACAUAAGAUUCCACAAGAAAAUAGUUUCCGAACAAUAUUAGACAUUCUUGUUCUAAGUGUGCCUUUAUAUCGCAAGUUAUACAACUUUUUUUUAACAUUUGUAUUUAAUCAAACAUUUUUAUCAUGUUUUAUUAAAUACAAGUUAGAUUCUCAUUAGCUUUGAUUCUAUUUUACACAUGCACAAUACAGGGUGUGACAAAACUCAAAAAUAGUUUUGGCUCACACUAUAAAAGCAAAAAACAGUUCGGAUUUAUUUUUUGUAGAGACAUUUCUUAAGAAAAUCUUGAGACUCUAGGCAAUUCUUUUAAUAAAAAAAAUCGGAUUUGUCCGUAAUGCUCAAAAUUUGCCCUUAGCAACUAUUUUUAUUAAAAAAGUGCAGCUAUUUUCAAAUGAUACAUAAACAAAUAUAUCUAAUUAAAAACAGCUCAUUUUUGAACAGUUUUUAAACCAUCUUCAGCAUAGAAGUGCUCCUAUAUAUUUACUGUUAUUAGGAAUCAAUAAUAUUUUCCAAUUUUAUAUAAUUCAUAAUGUGAUGAUUAGGAAAUAGUUUAGCUUUAAGGUCCAUACAUAUAACUAACUACAUCUCCAAGUGAAAUUAAAGAACUGUCGAAAACACAACACCUUGGGGUUCCUUUAUGUAGAAUUAACGUAUACGGGGUGUUGGUUUUGGACAGAUCCUGUGUACGCCAAUUUUUUAAUUGUAUUGUAUUUUAUAUCGAAUUGUGUUCAACCUUGAUACGGUUAUAUAUAUUGUAUAUUAUACAAGAUUUUGUAAAGUGACGCAAGUAUUCGACGGCCGUUGUCCAAAAGACGACGUUUCGGACACAAAUUCUCGACAUCUUCACACCGACACACCUAGUUCCGUAAAUUUGUUCACAUCGAUGUGACAGUUGUUUGGAAUUUGUUAUUUCGUCGUUUUUUGGACGAUUGCCAUUCGAGAUACUUGAAGUUUGUGACAACGGCGGUUUUUUGUAUUUAAAUAUAUUGUGAAAAGACAGAAGUGCCUUUUUCAUGUUUGUAUGGAAGUAUUUAAAUGAGAAUAAAUAAUUUUAAUUUUA